AACGGCUGCAGCAAUGGCUGAGGCAAUGAAGCUACAGAAGAUGAAGCUUAUGGCUAUGAACACUCUUCAGGGAAAUGGAAGCCAAAAUGGGACAGAAUCAGAACCUGAUGAUGUUAAUUGUAAUACAGGUGGAAGUGAAUCCUCCUGGGAUAAGGAUAAGAUGGUGUCUCCUCUUGCUGCUCCUGGCCCCCAACAUGGAAUUACUCAUGCAGCCCUGGCUGGUCAGCCAGGCCUUGGGGGUGCUCCUACCCUCAAUCCACUGCAGCAGAACCACCUGCUGACCAAUAGACUGGAUCUGCCAUUUAUGGUGAUGCCUCAUCCUCUACUUCCAGUCAGCUUACCUCCUGCAUCAGUUGCCAUGGCAAUGAAUCAGAUGAACCAUCUAAAUACUAUUGCCAACAUGGCUGCUGCAGCCCAGAUUCACAGCCCACUCUCUAGAGCUGGGGCCUCUGUUAUAAAGGAACGGAUCCCAGAGAGUCCUUCUCCUGCUCCCUCUCUGGAAGAGAGUCAUCGCCCUGGGAGCCAGACCUCCUCCCACCCCAGCAGCAGUGUAUCCAGCUCUCCCUCUCAGAUGGAUCUUCAUUCAGACAGAAUGGUUAUGAUGUCCAACCAUAGAGAGGAACUUAUUGCUGAUCAGGAUAAUGGACCAACCAUCAAAAAAUUCCAAAGGGAUAAUAAAGAAGAAGUACCAGUUCAAAUCCCAAUGAUGAAGUUACCAUUGGACAAGAUCCAACUGACUCCUGGGCAGGCAUUGCCUCCUGGAUUCCCUGGACCAUUCAUUUAUGCUGAUAGUCUGUCUUCUGUGGAAAAUCUGUUGACCAACAUUCAGGGUCUACUGAAAGUGGCUUUGGAUAAUGCUCGCAUCCAAGAGAAGCAGAUUCAACAAGAAAAAAAGGAACUGCGAAUGGAGCUCUAUAGAGAAAGAGAAAUUAGAGAAAGCAUUGAAAGACAACUCACAGUUGAGCUUCAAAGCAGAACUAGCAUGCAAAAGCGCCUGAAGAAGGAGAAAAAAUCCAAGAGAAAACUUCAAGAAGCUUUGGAAUUUGAAUCAAAGCGUAGGGAGCAAGUGGAGCAAGCCCUUAAGCAAGCCACUACUAAUGACAGUGGCCUGAGAAUGUUGAAAGAUACUGGGAUUCCAGAUAUUGAAAUAGAAAACAAUGGAACUCCUCAUGAUAGUACUGCUAUGCAAGCCUGAACACUGAUGCCAGAACUCCAAUUGAUCAUAGGCGCGCAUAAGGUCCUGUAGCAAUUACCUGCUUAUCUAUUGUAAUUCUUUGGAAUUCAUACUCAAAAUUCUUAAAAUAUGGAACCACCAAUUACUAUUUGUUCAUUACCAGUAAAUGGAACCUUGCACAUACAGGAAAAAUGUAUGGAGAAUGGGCUUUACACAUUUUUAGGGGAAUAAUCAUAAUGAUGAUUGACUAUAUUUUACACUUCUAUAAUCCCUUUAUUCCACAGAAUUCAUUGUGCCUCAUAAACAUUAUCAUGUUAAUCAACACAGCAUCUUAGUGGAUAAGUAGGUGGAAGAAUUUUUAAUACAGAGAAAAUGCUAUUUCUAAGUGGCGUGACAGAAAUUAAAAUGCAGACAUACCCAGUUCAAGCUGUGAUUACAAUAAAAUAGCUUUAUAUUGGCUAACCUGGGAUUUAACAAGAAUUAUGUGAGGAGGUAAAUCAUUUGUGCAAAUGAUCAAUAUAUGUUAUGAAUGCUUUAGCGCUCACCUUUAUAAAAGAUACCAUGUUGCUUGUAGCACUCUCUAAGGGAAUACAAAGAGUUCUAGUUUGUACUUAUCACCAUGCCUAGUUCUUCCUUUGAUAUGUUGAUGGUGGAGCAACUCAUUUGAUCCCUUUCUACUAGCACAUUCCUAAUCUAUAAAGAAGAAAAUGAUAUAAACUCAUACCCAAGCUACUAAAAAUACCCCUUUAAUUCUUUUCUAUUCUCCUUCCAUCUUCAAUACUGCUUCCUCUUUAUUAAACUAUCAUCAAGCAAACAACUAAAAAAAUUACAGGCAUAAGAAAGGCAGAUAUGAUGGUUCAGUCACAUCAUAGAUAUUUUCCAUUGCUCACCCUCUGCUCUGCACAUGGCAAGAUGCCUAAAAUGUUCCAGUGAUUAGAAACAAAUCGGUAAUUCGGCUUGAAUUGUCCAAGAAAUGGCCUCACAUAUUUUUUAACUGUUUACUUAAUAGAGACUUGCCCAAAGGCUGGUGGCAAAUACCUGUGAUCAUUAUUUUCAUGCUUCCUAAGAAUCUGAUAGAGCAGUAUUACAAUGUGUUAAAUGGUACUCUAGUGAUCAAAAAGAUUUAAUGCCCCUCCUAAAGUGCCCUUCUUACACAAGUAAAAUCUAAUCCAUUGUUAUUUUUAUAUUUGCCUGAGAAUUAAGUUGUUUUAACAGAAGCACCACUCAUCUUAUGUAAAAGGCCAACUGAGAUUUUAUCCAUUCUCCAAUAAUCAGUUCCCUGCGUUACUACAUGCAAUUUCUUCUGGAAUGGACACCUAACCUACACACUUCUAAAUAUUACAUUAAUUCAUAUAAUGUGACAUUCCAGUUGUUCCAUGCUCUGAAGGAAUUUAUUCUAUGGCACAGGCAUUUGGCUUCUGGUACUCUCCACAGACUGUAGAAGGUCUUCUUGUAUAGAGUAGGUGGGCUGUUUUAACUGAAGUCAGUGUAAUAAUGUAAAUUAGAAAUAAGCCACAGAGAAGGAAUGAGGCAAAUAAAAUUUUAAAAACUUUAUUAAUACCAAAUAUCUGAACUGAAUAACACAGAAACAUGACUAAAAUAUAAUAUCCAAAAAUAUCUUAUUACUUGAUAAGUAAACAACAUAUAUUGAACUGUAGGGGAAAUUGAACGGCAUUUUCAAAUUCACUAAGUCACUUAAAAACAAACUAGUGUCUUUUUACAAAUAGGUAUGUUUAAUUGACUUUGGUUGAACUAUAAUGAAUACUCAUGUGUUUUCUUCUGACCGUUCCUCACAUAUCUGCUUUUAUUAUGACACCUGAUUUUAGCUUUUCCCUUUUCAUUAGCUUCAGAUAUAUACCACAGAAGACAAGUCUCACACUUAUUUAAAUUUGGUACUCUCAGGUGUGGCCCUUUAGAGAUAACUCAACUGAUCUGCAGAGGCUUAUCUCCUGUGUCAUGGGGUUUGCUCAUGUCAGGCAGUGCUGUGCUAAGGGAAGGACUGUAUGGGCUUUCAUUUAUAUUUUUACAAGGGUCAAAUUUAUGUGUAUCAAAUUCCCCCUUUUACUUGUUUAAUAAAUUUUAAAGCAAUAAACUCUGUCAGUUUUCCCCAAAUGUCAGUGUGUGUCACUCCUUGUAAGUUCCCAAGCUCCCUAACAUUCCUCCAGAGAGGCUUUGUUCCUUGCUCCUCCUGAUCUUUAAUCUUGUUUACAUCCAAAAUGCAUAUUAGAUCAUCUCUGUUUAGAACUCAAGUGCAAGCCCUCUUAAAGCAAGAAACAUUCAACUUAAUUAGCUGUUUUCUAUUCCUAAUGAAGUGAGCAUGCUGGGUUUGGAUUAAAAUUCAGCUACUGCUCUCUUCUGUUUAUGGUUCCAGAUGUUUCUGUUUUAUCUAGGAGUUUACUUUGACAGCUACUACUAAAUGAUAAAUCACUCAUAUUAUAGCUGAAAUGCAUUUUGAAAUUGAAAUGUGGCAAACUUUUGAGAUAACUCCAACAAUCAGUGUCAGUUAGCAGGUCAAUAUUGGCUCCUUCCUUAUGAUCACUCAAUAUUGGUAUAUGUAAAACACUAACAGAAUCUGUGUCAACAUUAUACAGCAUGCUACACAAAAGUCUAUUUUGCUACUAUACUCUAAAUUAGGAGAAAAAGUUUUGCUACUAUGAAAUCUUAAUUUAAUUGUAUUCUGAAUAGAAAAAUUCAUUUAUGUUAAUACCGUCUUCUUUUUGCUGGCUUAGUUUUUCUUUGGAUUUUUGAGCUGCUGUGGAAAGAGUUCCUGAUAGGCCUUAUAAACUGGCACAUUUAAUGAAGGAUCUAGGCAGAAAUGUUUGCAUUUUUUAAUAAGACAUAUAAUUAAACAUAAUAAAGGAGGGAGAUUUUAAGAAAUUUCAUUUUUUUCUAAAAGACAAAUAAUUGCUUUUUGACAUUUGUUACUAUGUUUAUGUACCUUUUUUACAAGAUAUUAUUUUGUUUUGUCAUUGCUUUCAAGUUUGUAAUGUUCACAAUUUGUAUUGCAUGAUUUAAGCUUUAGCUAUAUUGUAUACCUUUCAAUCCUGGUAAAAUGACUAUCUGCCAUUUGAUGAUGAAGAACUUUCCUUUGACAUUUAGGCUUUGUAUACAGAGGAUGAGGUAGACUGGAAAACUGAGCAACUAUCUGGUGAAUUUUAUCAGAAUAAAUAUUCUCAGACGCCACACAGAAGUCUGUACAAUUCUCUAGGGGUGACCAAUGACUAAACAGUUUCCAAAAACUCAAGUUUUGUUUUUUUCUGGUCACUGGAAAAGUUCAGGUGAAUUCCAUGGCCUCUUUGUCUGGUUGCCCUCUAAUAAAGUCUGACCUUCCAGGCCACCUGACUAACAUAAACACAAACUCUCUUAUUCUUCUAUUACUUACCACAUCUUUAUUUUUGUGUCAGAGGUACUAUCCACAAAAUUCCCCCGACACCUUCAAAUACCUUCUAUACAAAAAGAAUAACUAUGUUAAAGAUAUACAAAAGGCUUAAAAAGGAUAUAUUAUCUUCCUAACAAUGCUAAGCUUUGACUAGACUAAAUUAAUAUUUUAGACUAGACAUAUCAGUCCAACAAUGAUAAUGCAAGUCUCCUUUAUAUCUGAAGUUGAUACAUUUAACUCACAAACAUGUACUUUUAGUGUUUCUUAAGCAUGGGUGAUGGAUUUAUACUGAUCAUCCACACUUUCUUUUCUGUUUCUUCUUUUGUGACCAAUUUUUAUGAGGUUGUUGGCUAGAAACUCAGGACAUAACCUAUGGCUAUGGAAGAGAGCAAGGUUAAACAAAAAGAGUUAGAAUCUUUUUUUGAAACCUGUUUCCAAUUAUAGUUUUUACCCACAACAUCGAAUAUUUUCAAAGUCUAGAAUGGUAUGGAUUCUUUUGAUUACCAAUGUUUAAAUAGAUACUGGUUUGACCAAACACUGGUUAAAAUCAUAAUCAGAACUAUUCUCCCUUCAUGCAGUAUAGACAGUCUCAGGCUUAACCUGGGAAGAGGAAAUUCUAAAUGUACAAAGCUGUCUUUACCUUACAUCAUGAAUGGACACUCCUUUCUCUCGGUUUUGGUAAAGCAUAGGGAUCUUAAAUAUACCAUUAUGUACAAAAGCCAAAGUAAUGUAGAUAACUAUAGACAUAGUUUAUGAAAAGAGCCAUCCGUCUUCAAUUUAUCCAGUGCUGUGGAAAGAACAGAAGCUGUAGCAUGAAACUUGAAGGAUCUUUGAAAACUGGCACAUUAACACAUAGAAAUGUUAAGAAAUCUAAAAUUUUACCAAUACUAAACCAAGCCUGUUACAUUGGAUAAUUUAGGUUCCUGAAGAUAGGAGUUUAGUAUUUUUAAGCACCUAUCAGAAUUAUUCCUCAGAAGAAGUAACUUGUUUUCUUUUUUUAAAGGAGGUAACUGUUACUGUUUAGUGAUGGCACAAUAGUUUUAUUCAGCCUGAAAAGUCCUGGCUGGCUUUACAUAAAAGAAGAUGCUUGUGAUUCCAGUUUAAUCUCUGAAAUUCUUCAACAUGGAGUUAUUUCAGUUGUGUUUAUCAGCAAAGCUUUGUUUACUGAAUAGCUAUUCAGUCUAUAUGGAGUUAUAAAAAAGGAAUGUGUGUGCAUUUUAAAAGCAAUGAUGUGAAAUUUGUCCUCGCAUUAGAUUGACCAGUUUAAGAAUAUGAGCUAAAUCCUCAUGGCUUAAGUUACCUGACCAUAUUUGAUGCUUUUCUAUGCUCACUCCAGCUUGGCUUUUUGUCUUUAAAGGAAAAAAGUGUGGUAGUGUGUUAGAGAUUAGGAAUUUAUAUGUAUGGUUUUUCUGUUCCACCAUAUAUUAAGUUAAAGUAGACGUUCUUUGUUAAAAAUGUACUUGCUAAACUUCAGUAUAAAUAAAAGCAUUUUG